GCAAGAAAGAUCAGGACAUGAAGCCACAAGAACCAACGAUGUUCCACUGGAGGCAGAAGAUUCAGGGAUAAAGCCACCUUCGAAGAUCCGACAACUUCGACCGAGGCAGUCGGAUCAGCAUAGUGUUCAGCCAAGGGUUCGGCAUAUUCUUCCAGUGCAGUGCAUAAUAUGUAGGAAAGACAAAACAACUUGUGAUCAUUUUACAAGGAAAAGAAGGAAGGAGAAAUUAACUCAAUGUGAAACAAUUUCAGCAGGUAAGCUUGUACUUGCUGCAGAAAUGCGCACCGAUGAGAAGAUUUUGAUGCAGAUUCGUGGGAAGGACCCUGUCGCAUUGGAAGUGAGAUACCACUUGAGCUGUUACCAGAACUAUACAAGGUUUCUCACAAAGAAGGACAAAGAAGAAAACUCUGAGAACAUUUUGUAUAAGAAGUCAUAUGAUCAUUUUUGUAGAUCAGUUGUUGAUGUAAGAGUGGUGAAGGGUCGAGAAGUGUUAAGGUUACAGAAAUUGCUUGGAUUGUUCAAGAAGUGUGUGAAGGAGGUAGAGGGAAAAGAAAUCCCAAGUUACAAGUCAUUUAAUUUAAAGCGAAGGCUUCAAAAGACCUUUCCAUUUCUCAAAUUUCUUAGGUCUUCUCACAGUAAUGCUAGUGAUUUAGUUUUUGUUGAAGAUUUAUCUAUGGAUGAAGUUGCAGAGGACGUUGUUCAUCCAUUUUCAUCCGACAUAAGCAGUACAGAUGAGACUGAUGGGGAUACCGACUCUGACAUUCAUCAAACUGAAGGAGCUCCUCAAGUGAGAACAUCAUGUGACUUGAGACCACUAUAUCAUGCAGCACAAUCACUCAGAAGAGCAAUAGAAAGAGGUUCUAAUUCCAUUCCUCAGCCUCCAUGGCCACCAACUGCGAGAGACUUAACUGCAGACAUGGCUUUGGGAUUAGUACCAGAUGCGCUGUAUAACUUUAUGGCAUGGACUGUAGGUGCAACUAAUGAACUCCCUCCAGAUAAUUCAAGAGUGCAGGUGAAGGAUGCAAAGAAAAGUAAGAUUGUCUCAAUAUGCCAGGACGUAAUGAAUCUUGCUUCCAGCGGUAGGACGAUUAUGCCAAAGCACUCUGCUCUGGCUAUGUCGGUGAGACACCUUACUGGCUCGGCGCAGCUCAUUGGGCUGUUGAAUGGAUUAGGGCACUGCUCCUCGAACUCACAAGUCCUCGAGCAUGACACUGCCCUUGCUCAACUCCAAAUUCAACGAGGCGAGAACUUCAUUCCUCCCAACAUUUUGCCAUCUGUACAUACCACACUAGUGUGGGAUAAUAAUGACUUUGGGGAGGAGACCCUCUCCGGUAAAGGGACAACCCAUAACACCAAUGGCAUAAUCUUGCAGAGGCCAUCACCAGCAACUACCCAUCGCACUGAAAGUAUCUCGGUAGAAAGGACACGUAAGAGGUCUAUACAGCCACCAGCAGCAAACAUUGACUACUACAGUGGAGGGCAAAGAAGAGGUCCUUUCAUUGAGCAAGAUGUCGCUGUAGAUUUAGAAGACCAUAUCCACAUCCAACAAAGUUCAAGGAGAUUAGACAGUGCAUACUACUUCACCAAGGUUUCAAAUGUACAUGCAUUGCCAGGUUGGAGUGGGUUCAACACAUUACUUCAGAGAUGUGAUAUUCCACCACUGACAAAUAUAGGAUAUCUACCAGUCAUAGAUGCCAGCCCAACCAAUUUGAACACUGUAUACACCAUCCUUUGUCGCAGUGUUGCCAUCGCUGAUCAGCUAGGGCUAAAUAGGAUCGUAGUAGUCUUCGACCAAGCAAUUUAUGCGAAGGCCCAAGAAAUCAGAUGGAGAAAUGACAUGUUCAGGGACAGACUUGUCAUUCGCAUGGGGGAAUUUCAUACUGCUAUGGCUUACCUCGCCUGCAUAGGAAAGAGGUUUGGGGAUGCUGGAUUCCAGGACAUUGUCAUUGAAUCAGAAGUUGUUGCUGCUGGGUCCUUAAGAGGAGUCAUAAGUGGUCAUCACUACAAUAGGAGUCUAAGGGCUCACAAGCUAGUAUGUGAGGCUCUUCAUCGUUUGUGUUGGCAGGCCUUCUUUGACACCCUUUCAGAGGAAGAUCAAGCUCAAUCACAGAAAAUUGUCUCGGACAUGCAAGCAGCAUUUCCAUCUCAGGACUUUGAUUACUACAUUGACUCAGAAGCAUAUCAGAAUCUAAGCACUAGCUAUGAUAACUUCAUCAUCGAAAAUAAGAACAAUGAGACUUUUCAGUUCUGGUGCUCGUACAUGGAAAUGGUUGGUGAUUUGCUACAAUUUAUCAGAGCAACAAGACAAGGAGAUUGGAACCUACACCUGUCCUGUGUGCGCUCAAUGCUUCCCUGGUACUUCUCGUAUGAUAGGGUAAACUAUGCGAGAUACUUGUCUGCCUACUGGGUUGAAAUGUGUGCACUGAAGGAAACUCAUCCAGAUAUUCAUGAUGCAUUGCGUGCUGGUAAUUUUGUUGCUCAACGACAACAGAAUCAUGGUUUUGCCCAGGUUGCUUGUGACCAAGUGAUAGAGCAAACAGCAAAUCGGGACUCAAAGACCAAGGGAGGAUUGACAGGAUUUACCCUCAACAAGGGCGCUGUGUACAGGUGGACUCUUUCACAGCAUGAAAGAGCUGCCAUUACAAGAGAAUGUCAAGAGAUGGCUGGUCGUAACACCUCAACUCGACAAAGGAUUGACUUGGAUAGAUCAAGAAUAGAUCGUGAUGAAAGGGACAUCCAGAACAUCAUGGACACGAUACUCAAUAUGGUCAACCCAUUCGAUGCCUCACUUGAGAGAGAACAGCUGUACAACAUAACAUCUGGACAAAUGGCACCAAAACCUGUUCUUCAAGACCUGAAGGGAGCAAAAGAGAAGGGGGAAGAGGCUCUCAUGUCAUUUUGUCAGGACCGAUUACUCAAACAAGAUGUCGGCUUCCAUGAUACCCUGAAGAGAAAUAAGCUGAAGACCUUCAAAGAUGCAGCAAAAUCCUCAAUCACGAGAGUGAAAGGAAGAGAGAUUGCACUCAAGGCUGAUAGAAACUUGUUUGCACGUCUUAUUGUGGUCGGCACCGUUCGAAAGAUUGAUAUCGGAGAGAUGCUUGUGCAUACUUUGGGACCAUUGCCUGCUCCUUUAGCUAAUCAUGAUGGCUCUCUAGUGAAGACAAACAAAGCCAAACUACUUCAUUUCCUAGAGGGAUCUGUAAAACCAUCACCAACGAUAGAAGAUAUCCCUUUCGGAUCUACAUGGGUGUGGGAUGCUAUGGCAUUGAUCCGCAGCAUCAAACCUCCUUCUACAUUUGGGCAAUUUGCGGACCAGGUACUCAAGAUAUUAGUGAAGCAAGCAAAGAUGAACAAAUCUAAAAUUGUUCACUUUGUUCCUGACAGAUACAAAUCCAAGAGCAUCAAGAAUGCUGAACGAGGGCGACGUGCUGUCGAGGGGUCCCAGCUCACAAAAAUCUUCUCUGGUGACCAGAAGAUACCAAACCAGUGGACAAAGUUUCUCUCUUCUGGGGAGAACAAGGAGAAUCUCCUCCAAUAUCUCUUUGAGAGAUGGAGCCAGUCGGGAAAGGACAUAAUUGAUGAUGUCACGGUUAUUGUUGGACAUGGGGAAGAAUGCCAUGCCAUUCGCAUGGACAGGAGCAAGGGAGAGCUGGAAAUACAACCUUUACCGGCAUUAUUCUCUACCCAAGAAGAGGCAGACACCAGACUCCUCCUUCACAGUCUACAUGCUGCCAGUUGUAGUGUUGAUGUAAUUAUCAACAGUCCCGACACUGAUGUGUUCAUCCUCUGUCUGGCUUUUUCACAAGAUAUCGACGCAAACAUGUAUUUCCGGACAGGCCAAGGCAACAAGACCCGAACCAUCGCCAUCGGUAAUGUCUUCAACCAUUUCGGCCAAGAUGUGUGUAGAGCCCUCAUUGGAUUGCACUGUUUCACAGGUUGUGACACAGUGAGUGCCAUGUAUGGCAUUGGGAAGGUGAGAGCUCUGAAAUUGAUGAUGUCUAGCAAAGAGCACUGUACCACAUUUCAGAAUCUGGGAGCAUCAUUUUCAGUGCCUCUAACCCUGUAUGAAGGCAUCGAGGCAUACACCUGUGAGCUUUAUGGACAGAAGGGGUGCAAAGAUGUUAAUGAUGCAAGAUGUAAAUUGUUCAAGAGCGGCACUUGCGGAGAGAAGAGCUUACCCACAAACAAGGACAGUCUCCACAAGCACACACAGAGGGCAAAUUACCAAGCUGCUGUCCACAAGCUUUGUCUUGACCCUAAACCAGAGACACCAUCUCCAGAGAGCCAUGGAUGGAAGGUUGAGGAUGAUGCGUACGUCAUUGAUUGGAUGACACUGCCACCAGCACCUGCCAGUGUAUUAGAGCUCUCUCACUGUUCAUGCAAGAAGACACAGUGUACACAAGGCCGUUGCUCCUGUCUUCAAAAUAAUAUGCCAUGCACCGAUAUGUGCUCAUGCAUCGAUUGCGCAAAUUUGCCAUCCAUGUCAAACAGAGUAGGGGAUGAUGAUGAUGAUGAUGAUUCUGAUGAGGAAUUGGAGGCUGUGAUAUGA